UUUUUUGUCUUUUUUCUUUUUUUUUUCUCCUUUAGUUUGUCUACUUUUUUUCUUUUAUAAUAAAUAAAAAGAACUCUUUAUUACAUACAAUAUGAAGAUUUGGUCUUUGAUAUGUUUGGCAUUACCCUUGUCUCAAUGUUAUGAACAGCAUGUUCUCAAUACGUAUGAUUCCGAAGACUCAACCAGUCUUGACCAUGCAAACAAAUUAUUACGCCAUCACCCUUUGAUUGAUACUCAUAAUGACUUUCCAAUGUUAUUAGCGUUUGAUAAAAAGGGAAAAAUCAAUGAUUUGGAUAUCUAUCAUCUCAAUAAUAGCCAUACGGAUAUCAGUCGCAUUGAAAAGGGACAUUUGAUGGGACAAUUUUGGAGUGUAUAUACUGAAUGUGAAGCCAAACAAGACAAUCAAGUCCUCAAGGCAAUGGAAUCUAUUGAUGCUAUCAAGCGUAUGGUUCGACUUCAUCCAAAGACUUUCCAAUUAGUCACGUCUACCAAACAAUUUAAAAAGGCUUAUCGUCAUCGUCGUGUUGCUUCCAUGAUGGGUAUGGAAGGUGGACAAAUGAUUGGUAAUUCUAUGGCGGCUUUGCGUACUUUUUAUGAUCUUGGUGUUAGAUAUAUGACUUUGACACAUAAUUGUCAUCUACCCUGGGUGGAAUCAUGUUGUGAUCCUAAUCCUCCUCCAUUUAAAAAAGGUACAGGCUUGACCGAAUUUGGCAAGAAGAUCAUUGGUGAAAUGAAUCGGUUGGGUAUGAUGGUGGAUAUCAGUCAUGUUGCUCAUAGUACCAUGAACAGUGUGCUCGAUGUUACAAAGGCUCCAGUUCUCUUCUCUCAUUCUUCAAGUUAUGCUUUUUGUCAAAUUGAACGCAAUGUGCCUGAUUCGGUAUUGGAACGUUUGGCAACAGUCGAUGGUGUAGUGAUGGUGAACUUUUAUAAUCGAUUUGUUAAAUGUGGACCAGAUGCGACAUUAUUGGAUGUGGCGGAUCAUAUUGAUCAUAUUGGCAAGAUAGCUGGACGUGAUAAGGUGGGAAUUGGCGCUGAUUUCAAUGGGAUUGAUCUCACUCCUACUGGUUUGGAAGAUGUAUCCAAGUAUCCUGAUCUCUUUGCUGCUCUUGUGGAACGUGGUUGGACUGAUCAAGAACUUAUUGGUUUGGCUGGCAAGAACUUGUUACGUGUUUGGAAAGGUGUGGAACGUGUCCGAGAUGAGUUGGAUUAUGAGUUACCUGCCGAAGAUCUUUUGGAAGAUUUUUAGUUAGGUUGUAGUUUUAUAUUUUUGUAUUGUUUUUGUAGUUUUUACUUUGUACAAUAAAGAUAUUCAAAUGCCGACUUCAACUUUUUCAAGGGAAAA